GCCGAUGUCUGUUUUCCUCUGUGAGGUGAAAGCACACAGAGCAGCAGCCAAGAUGACAACCUUAAGACCGUUUACUUGCGAUGAUCUGUUCAAAUUUAACAAUAUCAACCUGGAUCCUCUGACAGAAACUUAUGGGAUCCCCUUUUACCUCCAGUACCUCGCUCACUGGCCAGAGUACUUCAUCGUAGCAGAGGCUCCUGGUGGUGAACUGAUGGGCUACAUCAUGGGGAAGGCAGAGGGAUCUGUAGCCCGUGAGGAGUGGCACGGUCAUGUCACCGCUCUGUCUGUCGCUCCUGAGUUCAGAAGACUCGGUCUCGCAGCCAAACUCAUGGAGAUGCUGGAGGAAAUCUCAGAGAGGAAAGGUGGGUUCUUUGUGGAUCUAUUUGUGCGAGUCUCCAACAACGUGGCAGUGAACAUGUACAAACGUUUGGGCUACAGCGUCUACAGGACAGUCAUAGAGUAUUACUCGGCCAGCAACGGUGAACCUGAUGAAGACGCUUACGACAUGAGAAAAGCUCUGUCCAGAGACACGGAGAAGAAGUCGAUCAUCCCGCUGCCACAUCCUGUCAGACCAGAAGACAUCGAAUAACAGUAGACU